ACUGAACCUGCUGGUUGUCCUCUCCAUGAUGAAUAAUAGCACUUCUGUUGCCCAUCACAUCUAGAAAAUAUUCUCUAAUUCUGUUAAAACUUGGACCAAUCAUAAUGAUGGAGACAUCACAUCACGUUGUUCUUUCAAUGGCUUCUACAUUUAAAACCCUCUGUUAAGGCUUUGUUUAGAAAUAACCUCAUGCCCUUCAGACUUUGUAGUCAUAUCUUCUGGUUCCUGUCCUUUUGAUUAUUUCCUCUCCCCGUUUUUUCUGCUUGGCUCAAUCUGAUGUACAAUGUGCUUUGCUCAUUGAAGUGUUUGACUUAAAUGUUGUUAUGCUUGAUGAGGAAUCAUUUGUCAUAUGAGGUGAUCCUCACCUCUAAAAGAACAUUAGGACAAAAGUGACAAGGACAAAAGAAUAUCUCCUUUCAGCAUGAUGUAUGUAUUCGGAUUGUGUUUCUCUGCUGGAAUCCACAGGUCUUCCUGAAAAAUGUGCAAUCCCUUCUCUAAACCAGUAUCAGGAGCAGUGUUUGAAUAAAUAUUUGUUCCGUUUUUGGUUUUAUUUCACACUGUGCUUUUGAAGGGAUCCUUACAGAGAGAUCCCUGUCCAGUAAACCUGCUCUAAAAUGUGCAUCGGCUCAUAAUUCUUCUGGACCAACACUGGAAAGCUCCUGAAACCCUACUUGGGAAUACUGUUUUGGAGUCAGCUAGUCUUCACAGCAAAAUCUGUGGAAGCUGUUGUAAUGUCCUCUGUGUGUCCCACCCACUUCAAUGAUGGCUUCAUCAAAGUUUGACAGAGCCUGAAUGUAUUCAGGGAUGCAUGGCACAUCCUACUGCUUAUUAAUAAGACUUGUGAAAUCCUGUGUGACUGCUAAUUUAUUAAAGUCUUCAAGUGUUUCAGAGUAGGAUUUUCCCUGGAAGAUUUCCUGAGUGACCAAAUUCAGGCAAUUCUACUUGUCUAGAAUAAAUUCUAAAAUCUCUUCCUGGAACCAGUGGCCUAUAAAAAGCCAUUCAAUAUGCCAAAGUGCUUACACAAGGCUUUUAGAAAUUCUAGGCAAAGUUAAUGUCACCACAGUGUCACCAGGAUAACCACCAGUUGCUCAAAGCCUCAUUCACUUUGUAUUUUGGUUUGCCUGCUCUUAACAGCUGUAUACUUCAAGCAGUUGUAGCACUUCAAAUACUUAGGACUAUAUACAUCACUAUAUGGAGGUAACAACUUUUUGUCUGCUUUUCAAGGACUUGGCCAAGUAGGUGGUAAAGCUGAAUGACAAGUCUGUUAAUUUCAAUAAACUGUUACUUAUAAAAGCCUUGCAGACAAUGAGACAGCAAAAUAAUUCAGGAAUGAAUGUCGUAUCCCUUAUCAACUCCACAUGUGAUAAAUGGAUUUAGCUGGUUGUGAUGUUAGAGAAAGGAAUCUGUAAGUGUUAACUAUCUUCAUGGGAACUGGGGUGGAAGCCAAGCCACUAUCUUGUACCAGAAUAAACUGAUAAGAGAAACUGUUCAGUUAAAAGUAGAGCAGUUGUUUAAAGAAAGUCUGAAGACAAUUUGAGAUUAGGUAACAUGUGCAGCAUUCGUUCAAGUACCUGACUCAUCCCCUGCUAGAAAUUACAACUAUCCUCCUGGUCUCCCCCAUUUCCCCCCAGAGAUGCAAGCCUGUGAUUUCUUCUGCAGCACAGAAAGAGAACAACAUCCCUUUGAAAUUUAUCUAGUUAGAAACACCAAACAGCUUCAGCCAGGUGUAUGUGUGCUCCCAUCAUCCUUUGUCUGACCUCUGUUGUUAGUGAUACUCCUUGCUUGGGAUGCUGCUGUGGGCAGUUGCCAUCUCCUGGAAGAUAACAUCAAGACAGUUUUGUAAAUGGAGAAAUUUAAUAUAUUAUUGCAAGUAGUAUCUUCCAGUUAUAAGCUGCAAGUUGAUUAGGAGUUGACAGAUCAGGCAGCUGGAAGUGUAACAUCUGGAAUACUCUGAUAUCAGGCUCAGCUUUCCAGAGGAGCAGUAAGAAGACUCCGCAUCCAUUAUACUUCUAGGAUCAGAGAACAGAAAGCUCUGAGAGCUUACAGAGCCGAGUCCCUAUCUUGUGGUGUGCCUGUUCCCAACAGCUGUUGCCAAACCCUAAAGAUGAUUGAACCACAGAAAAGAGUGGAGACUAAAACUCUUGGUCUGGUAUUUCCUCUGCCAUCUGAGCAGAGCACCAGAGAUGAAUCCAGACUUAAUGUGAAAGGAGCAAGAUGUGGAAAAGUCAGUGAUGCAACCACAAAUUUUAAGCACUUUAAUAAAGGUGUGUGGAUGACAGAAGAUGAAUGAGAGCUAUUUAAUUUAACUCUUCAUGAAGCCCACACUCUUGCUAGAUGCUAUUACUCAAGUUUAGAGAAUGCUCCUGUCAGUCUGUUCAGAUGCAUAAGCAGGUAGCCUCAGAGCACUGAAGGCAGCAUUCACUGUUCAGCUCACAGUUUGGUGAGUUCUUCCUCUGUUCUGUGAAUAGCCCUACAGCCCCUGAGCUGAGAGCUCCUUUAAUGUUAGGUGCCUGCUAGACUAAUUCUCAACAUUUAUCUGAGGAAGAUGUUGCUGUUCCUGUUUACCCUUCAAAUCAGCACCCACCAAAUUUCACUUGUUACUCUCCAAGCUGUAGUUGGUGUGCCUUUUAAAAUUUUAAGGAGCUACUCAGUCCUGAAUUGAAGCUGUAGCUGUUAUUUGCUUGCUCCUACUCAGUCUGUGGAGUCCCUUUUAUAUUCCUUCCUCUGAAGAUAGAUUACACUAACUGCACGUGUAUUUUGGUGUCUCUUUAAAACAAUAAAGGCACAAAGCCAAAUUUAUCUUGUCAGGUAUUCAGGUUACUACUUCUUUCUCUGUAUUUCCCCAUUGGCUUGAGAUUUCAGCAUCUAUCCAGGAUAAUAGAAUGAGCAAAAGAGAUUGCUUGUUGUCUGAGUACACUUUGCAGAGAGAAUCCUAUCCCUUUCUGAGGAUAUUAGGUGUCCAGUCGGAUAACCUGCCAGCUCAGCUGUUACACUUCAGUAUCAAGCUACUUUGUGCACUUCAGUUCUGGUGUUUCCUUCAUUGUUUUGCUCUUCACAUAUUCUGCUUUCAGUGCCUGCACAUAUUAAAGAAGCUCUGCCUACUUAGAGAAAUACCUGUGAUAUUAUCUGACCACAAAUUCAUUCUGCCUCUGCGAAUGAUCUGGAAAGGCACUCUAGCUGGUAUGCAAUUAGCCUUGCAUAAAGAAACAACCACUAGAUUAGCUUUGUUUUCUAAACAAUCAAUCGUGCUUGUAUAGGCUGAACAUUUCACUGCCCUGUUCUUUAUGUCAGCAGUCCUGUAUCUAUAGAAUGACUCGAGUGAAAUCACUUUGACUCUUACAGCUAAAUUAACAUUGGCUAUGAUUUGUUGAUUUUAAAUACCUUUUUAAUGCAGGGAAGCUCUCCCCUCCCUAGAAGAAGCCUGCCUAGUCCUGUGGACCACUGCAACCAUGUUUUGUUCUUAUGGAUUUUCAAGAAAAGCUGCUUUAGCAUGUGAAAGAUAAUUCAUUGAGGAUAUUUUAGAUUAAUCAGCCACUCGAUGGGGAUUAACAGUGGAGCACCUCUUUGUGUCGCCUUUCCACCUCUGUGUAGCACGAAUAACAACUUCAGCACUUCUUCAAUAAUAAUUAUGAAACUGGUAUUAACUGAAUGGCAAUUAUGGAUUUUUAACUCUAACUCACAGUAAACCAGCAAGCCAUAUGUUGAAAUUCCUACCAAAUAGCUUUUCAUUCUUAAUGUCUCGUAUCUAUACAAGAAGUUGCAAGAUACCUGUUUGUACAAGAGGAAUAUAAGCAUUACUUGCCUGAGGAACAGAAGCUGAAAGAGAAGACACCCUAACUUGUUCGUGGAGUUAUGGUAGUAUUAUUUAUAUAGAUAUAACAAAUAUAUAUAUUUUUUAUGGUAAUGAAAAUGGCUCCUCAGAAUGCUGACUCGGAAUCUAUGCAAGUUCAAGAUCUACCUGUGGCACAGCUUCAGAAACCAGAAAACAAGGAGAAUGAAAGCAGGGAGGAGACCAUUAGUGAAGGAUCCAUAGACCGGAUACCGAUACGCCUGUGGGUGAUGCAUGGUGCAGUAAUGUUUGGCAGGGAAUUUUGUUAUGCCAUGGAGACAGCUUUGGUAACACCUGUAUUGUUACAAAUUGGUCUUCCUGAACAAUACUACAGCCUCACUUGGUUCCUCAGCCCUAUCCUGGGCUUGAUCUUCACUCCGCUCAUAGGUUCGGCCAGUGACCGCUGCACGCUGAGCUGGGGCCGCCGGCGGCCUUUUAUCCUUGCUCUCUGCAUUGGUGUCCUCUUUGGAGUUGCACUUUUCCUUAAUGGCUCUGUGAUAGGUCUGGCUAUUGGUGAUGUCCCGGACAAGCAGCCCAUUGGAAUAGUUCUCACGGUGCUUGGGGUUGUGGUGUUGGACUUCUGCGCUGAUGCAACCGAAGGGCCAAUUCGGGCCUACUUGUUGGAUGUGGUGGACAGUGAAGAACAAGACAUGGCCCUGAACAUCCAUGCAUUUUCAGCUGGUCUUGGAGGAGCAAUUGGUUAUAUGCUAGGAGGGCUGGACUGGACACAGACCUUCUUGGGUAGCAUUUUUAAAUCUCAAGAGCAAGUCCUUUUUUUCUUCGCAGCCAUUAUUUUCUCUGUCUCCGUUGCUCUCCACCUUUUUAGCAUUGAAGAAGAGCAAUAUAACCCUCAGCAGGAUAGGAUCGAUGAUGAAGGAGAUACACUUUCCAGUGCCAAAUUCAGUGGCAGUCUCCCCCCUCUGAACCGGCUGAAUGUAAUUAGUGAGGAAGAGCCCUAUGGAGCUUCCAUGUUCCAUGAUGAGGUUCAGUCGGAGCAUGACCUCAAUAUGGAGUUCCUUGAGGUGAACAUUGUGAGAAGCAAGAGUGACUCAGUUCUGCACAUGCCCGAUGCCACAUUGGAAAUUGAAUCGGAGCUGCUUUUCCUGCAUGACAUCGAACCCUCCAUUUUUCAGGAUGCUUCAUAUCCAAACACUCCCCACAACACAAGCCAAGAGAUCAUGAAGUCCAAACUCAACCACCUGUCUGCUUUCCUCAGGGAGAAUGAGAAGGAGGAGGAAAUGUUGCUUGAUAAUCGUGUAAAUGAAGAUAAAAUCCCAAACAUCAACGGCUCCCUACCAAAAGAGUUCCUCAACGGGCACACCAGAAUAGGCAUGAAGCAAUCCAGCACUUCCAACUCCAUGCGACGGCGGAGGCACAUGUUCUACCGGCAGCCGUCCUACACCUUCUCCUACUACGGCAAGAUCGGCUCCCACCGGUACCGCUUUCGCCGGGCCAACGCCAUCGUCCUGAUCAAGUCCUCGCGCAGCAUGAACGACAUCUACGACAUGCAGAAACGGCAGCGGCAGCGCUGCCGGCACCGCAACCAGAGCGGCACCACCAACUCCAGCGGGGACACGGAGAGCGAAGAGGGCGAGACCGAAACCACUGUCAGACUGUUGUGGCUGUCGAUGCUAAAGAUGCCCAAGGAGCUGCUGAGGCUGUGCGUCUGCCACCUCCUGACUUGGUUUUCCAUCAUUGCUGAAGCUGUGUUCUAUACAGAUUUCAUGGGACAGGUCAUCUUCCAGGGCGAUCCAAAGGCCCCUUCAAACUCGACUGAGCUGCAUGCCUACAAUGCUGGGGUUCAGAUGGGGUGCUGGGGGCUGGUGAUUUAUGCUGCUACUGCUGCUGUUUGUUCAGCCUUGUUGCAGAAAUACUUGGACAACUAUGACCUUAGCAUAAAAGUGAUCUACAUCCUGGGCACACUGGGUUUUUCCCUUGGCACUGCAGUGAUGGCCAUGUUCCCCAACGUGUACGUCACCAUGAUAAUGAUCAGCACGAUGGGUAUAGUCUCCAUGAGCAUCUCCUACUGCCCCUACGCGCUUUUAGGACAAUACCAUGAGAUAAAACAGUACAUCCACCACAGCCCUGGGAACUCGAAGCGAGGGUUCGGCAUUGACUGCGCCAUCCUGUCGUGUCAGGUUUACAUCUCCCAGAUCCUGGUGGCCUCCGCGCUCGGCGGCGUGGUGGACGUGGUGGGCACGGUCAGAGUCAUCCCCAUGGUGGCUUCGGUGGGAUCCUUCCUGGGUUUUUUGACAGCGACUUUCUUGGUGAUUUACCCUGAAGUCAAUGAAGAGCCAAAGGAAGAGCAGAAAGGACUGGGUCCUCCAGAGACAGCCGAGGGCAGCGGUGCGGGCGUGGAGAAGCCGACGGUGCUGAAGCUGACGCGCAAAGGAGCCACGGCGGCGGAGCCGGAGGGCGAGUCAGCCGUGUGAGGCUGCCAACACUUGUUCACCCACAUUCCAAGGAGUGCAGGUGCAGGAUCAAGAACUUUUGUUGUGGUUUUCUUUUUCCAGGAAAGCAAAUUAGGACCUUCACUACUUGUAGCUAAAAUUUGCAGAAGAAAAGGCAGUUUCAUGCAAAAAUGUAAAUUAAAUUCUGUAGUCCUUCCUCUAGGUUUGAGCAGGUCACUCUGACGCUAAUUGCUUUCUCUACAACUUAGAAACGUCAUUUCUGAACACUUUUUUAUUAAGAAUACAUUUAGAUUUCAACUAAGUUUUAUUAAUCUGCAUGAGACUCACAGUGUAUACAAUUAGCAAUUAGAAAAAUUAAGUUUUCGGCUGUUUUUAAACUAACAGAAAAUGGAAGCUAUCUCUACCUAUAGUUUCUUGCCAUUUUUUUGUCUGAAAAUUUCAGAUUUCACUAGCAUAAUAACUGAAUCAAAUGCUUAGAUAUCAAUCGAUUUUUUCACAAGCAUGAUAUUACUGGUCUGACAGCUACGUUAAUUUUAGACUUCAUGUUUUUGUUAGUGCAAUUACUGCAGAAUCCUUUUAUUUGCAAUUAUUUUCAAGGGGAAAAAAGCAAUUACUGCAGAAUCCUUUUAUUUGCAAUUAUUUUCAAGGAAAAAGAAAAGCAAUUACUGCGGUUUCUAAGAAAUUGCCAUGAAUUCUUUUAGUCAUACUAUUCACAACCACUCCCAAAUCUGCUGCUUGUCAGGAGAGGGUGACACUGAGUGCUGGAUGUCAGCUUUAGAUGGAAGGAGCAGCAGCUGGGAGAGGUGACCAGCACUCACAGGUUUCUUUAUCACAAGUGCUGCAUUUUAUGAAUGUCGUUGGAAUACGCUGUGACAAUUUUUAGCUGAGAGUUUCACGUGCUGGUGAACUCGGGGGUUUUCUCAGCAUUUAAACCUGAUCAUCUCUGGAAGAAGCUGCCGUGGAGAAAGGGCAUCUCUGGGGUCAGCUUCAUGGGAGGGGGCGUGCGGAUUCUCUUCUGUAGGGAAAGGAAGUCACUGAUUAAUUGCACUUUUUACAAUCCUUUAACCUCCUGGCUGGGAAUGCAGCAGCCAAGGUAAAGGCACGGGGUCAGUACAACAAGGAGAACCCAAGGCCUACCUCCGUCACUUUAUUGCUUAGUCUGGGUGUAUAAAAAUCUGUGUCAGAAACAGUUUUCAGGCCUUAAAAUUCAAAUGUUGCUGUUCCGGUCCCUGUGUUGGAGGAAUUUUAGGCCGGAGCUCUUCUGAGCUGCCGUACCAAUGUUGUCAGCACAUCCUCCAUUGUCCCCUUCCAUGAUUCAGGACACAGCUGCAGUGCAAAGAUACUUUUCUGGAAAGAGGUUGAAAGAGUUGUGCUAACUUGAUUUAAAAUAGGUUUGGAUCAUUAUCCAGCAGCCAUUUAAAGCAACUUUCAAAACUUGUGUUUCACAAACUUCUGAUUGUCAUUUGUAAGAUGUGUUUGUGAUGCUGUUGACUCAUUUUGGCUUGGGCCCCCUGGGCUGCUGUCAGUCCGAGUGCUGGACAGGCAAACACAGCGUGGUGUGAGAUUCCUGCUGCCUCAAACUCCUCCUUCUCCGAGACUUGCAAAUGCCUGUGUCAACCAUGCUGCAAUCCAGGCAUUCAGACAAAGCUAUAUUACAAUAUGAAAAGCAAUUUUUAAUGAACUACUUGAAUUGUCAAUGUAUUUGAGAAAUGGAUGUUUGGAUGUAUUUGAAGGUGGCGUCCGUGGGUUUCUCUGAAGGCUUCCAGUCAAUGCCUAUAGCCUCUGCUAUCAAGAGAGACCAGUUUUUAGGCUGGUGACAUCACAGAGCACUGAAGUACAUGUAAUCACACAGGACUUAGGGGUUGUAUUUGUUUUUCCCAGUAUCUUGAGGAAGUCUUUUUUUUUUCUAUGGUGAAUAUUUUUUUUAUGUAGAACACGUACUGUGAACUGUGUUCAGCCAGGGGAGUGAUACUACUGAAGAGUGUGAGAUCUUACUGAAGAAAGCAGUUGUGAGAAAUUCUGACAUGAAUUUUACCAUCUCAGUUACAUUUAAUAUAUUCUGGUGAUGUUCAUGUGUGAGAGACAAAUUAUGUGUUUCACCCUGGAACUGGCAUUCAUGUAAGUUACAUGCUGAGUUACACAUUUUAAAGUGGCUUUAAUAUUUUAGUUUUGAAGCUCCUUUUGAAGAUUCUGCUUUUGGUUAAAUAACCACUGUCAAGUACUCCUUAUUUUAAUCUCUACUGCAGGAAAGGUUCUCCAACAGUUUAAAAACCUGCAUCUUCUGACUGGUGCCAGCCUUACUCUUUCCCCAAGGGUUCCAUGGACCAGCAUGGAUCAAAUCUCCAUUACUCCACAUUGCACUUUCUAAGCCAAGAUCUUUCACUGCACCAUCAGAUUGACUAAAUAGCUGCAGAGAGGGAGGAGAGGCUGAAGCUCCCUCUGACUUCACAUCCCACAGAGGGAACAUGAAACCAUUUUGGGAGUGAGCUCACCCAUGUUUAUGGAGCUUUCUCAGCCAGGGAAGGGCGAGGAGGGAGGAAGGACCUUUCAUUUCGAACCCAGAGACUUCAAGCUAUGGCAGGGCAGGGCCAGUUUUGUCACAGACAGCGUUUGGCAUGGCUUCAUUUCUAAGAACUGGAUGUUAAAAUCUGUGUUUGGAGUUGUUUAUGGGGCUAAUAACACACAAAUAUGCACGCUGCCACAGCAGGAAGUUGAUUUCACUCCCUGGUAAAGGCAAAGGAAAUAAUUAUUCAUUGUAAAUGUGCUGAAGUUUUUGUAGUGUUGCCAGAAGAAUUAACUUGGGGAGCCCCAGCCAAAGCAUCUCUUCCUAUCCUUGGGCCAGCCUGGGAAACCUCUACUCUGGCUUUACCUGCUGAGGUCUCCCAAGGGCUUUUCCUUGGAUGUGAGAGUUUUCUUUCUAGCCCCAGCACUUCUCAGGGUAGAGUGGGCAAUGAAUUAUUUCUUCAUCUGUCCCUUACCUUAUCUUUUGAUACAGAAAUGAUUAAAUUUUUUGCCACAAUUAAAGAUAAAGUAGUACAGUUUUAUGUGUUUGUUGCAGAUCUUGUGGAAAGAGAAGUUUGAAAUGGCUUUUUUUGUUAUUCCUGUUGACAAUGAACACCUUUUUUUUUUUUUUUUUGUUUGUAUUCCUGUCUAGUUGAAGUCAUCCCAUUGGACCUUCAGUGUAGUAGGACUAAGGUUUAGUGGUUCAGUUCUGUGUUGUUCAGUACUAUAAACAAUUUUAACAUGUUCUGCUGCAGUGAUGUGUGACACGAGGCACUGCUGGUGCUCAGACCCUUGAGGGCUGUGGUCAAUCAGCUGCAUAUCUUGAGAUGUUUCAUGUGAGAGCAGAGAAGCUUUAACUUUCACCCCUCAGAAAGGCCAAGUGUGGAUUUGGCCCUGUUGAGGUUAUUCCAAGAGUCCAGUGAUAUCUGUGCUGUUUGUGGACAGCAAUUUCAGAUUCCAGAAGCAAUAAUUUCUUAAGAAUGUUUCUCUUCCUGCUGAUUUGAUGACUUUCAUAGAGAUUUAUUGCCUAAAUAGCCUUUUAAUAACACAGAUCUGGCAGUUUGCUGGCUGUGAGCAGUUGUGGAAAGAUAGGGGUUGUUCAUAACCAUGAGGGAGGAUGCCAGUAAAUCCAAGAGAGGUUUGUGCUUUUGAAACACACAAUGUCCUUUUCCUCUUUCAUCUGGAGCCUUUUUCUAGGCUCUGAAAUAUUCCCAGCACAUCAGUCUGGAAAGGAGGUGGCUGCAAAUGUACCCUCCUGAUUUUUUUGCUGUUUCCAAUGCUGGCACUCAGACACCAGGAUGGAACAGGCUGUGUAAGGUUUUCCUCAUAGCAAGGACCGAGUCUUUCUUAUCCCUCUCCCAGCAAGAUCUGAACCCCCCAGCACUUGCAAUGACAGCAGCAACCACGGUGCAUUUUGCAAGGUACCUUGUUCAAACCUCAGUUCCAUCAUUAAGAACAUGUCCCCUGCCCUUGGUCCAGGGUGAGCUUGGCUUCCUCCAGAAUCCACCAUAACAAGCAGGAUUUUCCUGGCUGCCAGGUCUCACAACCAUGGAGGUUGAGGUCACAUCUGUGAGCAAAGGUAGAGAAAGUCACACUUUGUUCCUGGGACAGCUGGGACAUCUGGGCAGGAGAAGCUCAGGAGGCAGGUGCUGAGAUUUGGGGGUUUUUAGGGAUGUGUGUGUGUGUGUGUGUGUGUGUGUGUGUGUGUGUGUGUGUGUGCGCGCACCUUUGUGUUUGUACAUUUCCAGACACAUUGCUUGGGCCAAAAUACCUUUGGGGAUUGUGUGUUGCUGUCCCUGGACUCCACAACGUUUUCAACUGAGUUCUUCCAGGUUUCCCUCAUCCUAGUCUGAUGUGAGACAAGCUCAGCUAUAAAUAUGUAUCCUUAAAUGAACAAAUUAACUCCUGCAUGAUAUUCCAAGCACAUGUAGCAGCUUCAGCAUCUGAAGUGUCUGUUGUGAAAGAGAAGUUGGUUUUCUUUGCAGCUGUUUUGUCCUCGUUUCCUUUGAAUAGGCCAAAUAAAUGUAAUGGACACCAAAUGUUGCACAGAAAUGUUGUUGAUGACUGUGUGGAAAAAAUACCAAAUUUUAUUUUUCUUUGCAGAAACUUUAUGGUUCCAGAGAGUCCUUUAGCUGUUUUCUUUCCUUAAAUGACAAAGCUGAACGUUUGUAAAGCACAUCACAAAAUGGUCAUUUGGAAAAAGUGGAGCUACCCAAAGUUUUCUCUUUGUCAUGUUGCAUCCAAAGGAGCUGCAGCAGCUCAAACACCAACUGGGGUUUGAAUUUGAGUCUCAGCAGAGUUCAGAAACUGCCUUAGAAAACAACAAAAAGGAUCAAUUCCUUUUCAUGACACUUGAGCCCACUGAUUUGCUCAUUAAGGUGUUCCAGGUUUUCCUGUCAUUUAAAUUAAAAUCACCUCCUGGAAAACAAAUUUAGUUUGGUUCCUCAACCCAAGCAGCUUCACCUGAAUUUCCACUUCAGCUUCCCUUGCCCUGAGAAACGAGGGGUGACCAGGAGGGAAAAAUACAUCCCCCACCAAAAGAGAGCAUCUGCUGUAAUUAAAGGGCUUUUGAAGCCCUUGUGACCUGCUAAAAUUUUAAGGAAAAUGCAGAGCAUGGUUCAGUUUCACCUGCUCUGGCACAUUUAUUCUUAAAUUUGGAAGUUUGGGUUGAAGAUUUGGGAGCAUUUAGUCAAACUCAAUGUCACCUUAUUUACUGUGCACCUACUCAGUCCUUAGUAACAGCCAAACUGUAGUAAAUAACCCCAAAAUCCAGACUUUUUCUCUCAAAAAAUUGGCAAUUCCCAUUGUGAAUUUGUUUUGCCUGAUGUAACAUGAACACUAAGCCCUUUAAGUAGCCAAAUGACCAGCUUAUUUUAAAUGCCUCGUAUUACUAGAAAGCUGCAAAUAGGCAUCUCAUAGCGGGGAAAAAAUUUAGAAAAAAAAAAAAAAAAGAAAAAAGAAUAUUUAGUUCCUUUGUGAACUGGCCAUAUGACAACUACUUUUUUAUCAACUUAUUAAGUUGGGGCACUAUAAUAGCUCUUGCUGAGUUUAGCAAUGUUUAUAAGCAUGUGUUAAACACAUAAUGUUGUUUUAUGAGGAAAAAGGGAUAAAGAAAAGUGAUGUCACAGAUGAAUGUUUGAGUGCGUAGAUGGCAUAAUGUAUGUAUGAUUUUUAUUUCUACACUGUUGAGCUUAUUUUCUGUUUAAAGGUUAAAAAAAUUGUUGCAUGAGAACUGUUUUACUGUGUUCUGCACUUUCUGUUCUUUUUGUAUAAUCUUGAUUUUUUUUUCAUUUAUGCAUAGAAAAAAAAAAAAUCAGUUUAGAAAUAUUCUACUCCACGAGACAUUGUGUUCCAAUCUGUUGUUCCAAAGUUCGAUCUUAAUAAACAUUUCAGUAAGA